GAAGGGCUUCCAAACACUGAAGUUUCCCUUUGGGCUUGGUACGUUUUCCAGCCUGGCAGAUGCACUCUCUUCAAACUGUUUAGCAGCCUGACCUAGAGGCAGGACCCAAAGGAGUGCUUUCAAAACGGGAGGGACCUGCUGGCCUGCCGCAUGUUCUUUGGCGGGAGGUUGUGCACCAUGGGGAGGCUUCCUUCUAUUCUGGCUAAGACACUCACUUCUGGGACCGGUGGUUCCCCAGUGCUUCCCGACAUGGCCGAAGGAUGCUUAGCCAUUCAUGUCAAUGAUGUGCGGAGCAGAUUGAGGGAUAUAGUGGGAGCAUCCACCAACUGGAGUGAUCAUGUACAAGCAAUGCAAGAAAGAAAAGCUCUUCAUACUCUACUGGCAAAGUGUCAGGAAGAUCUUCCUCCUAGGAGAAUGAAGGAUAGCUACUUGGAAGUUAUUCUACCUCUAGGAAGUCAACCUGAAAUAAGAGAGAAGUACUUGAAUGUGCACAACAGUGUAAGGUUUGGAAGGAUACUUGAAGACCUUGACAGCUUAGGAGUUCUUAUUUGCUACACUCACACCAAGCAGGAAAUGCAGCCACGGUCUCCCUUAUCAAUUGUUACUGCUCUGGUGGAUAAAAUCAACUUGUGCAAGAAGAUCAUAUACCCAGACCGUGACAUCAAAUUCACAGGCAACGUUUCUUGGGUUGGAAGGACCUCGAUGGAAGUUAAGAUGCAUAUGCUGCAGCUCCUGGAUGGUGAUUACAGCCCUGUGUUAGAUGCAACCUUUGUCAUGGUGGCCCGGGACCCAGAGAAUAAAAGGCCUGCAUUUGUUAAUCCACUCCUUCCUGAGAGCCCUGAGGAAGAAGAAAUCUUCAAGCAAGGGGAAUUGAACAAGCUGAGGAGGAUUGACUUCAGCACUGCUUCCUUAUUGAAAAUGGCUCCCACUGCAGAAGAAAGAAAUGUUAUUCAUGACAUAUUCCUUAACACAUUGGACACAAGGACAGUAAGUUUCCGGAGUCGUAAACUGCCACCCAAUUCAGUGUGGAUGGAAGAUGCAAAGCUAAAGGGCCUGCAGAUAUGUCAUCCUCAGGAGCGGAACAUCUUCAACAGGAUCUUUGGGGGCUUCCUUAUGAGAAAGGCUUUUGAGCUGGGCUGGGCGACUGCUUGCAGCUAUGGGAGUUCCAGACCUUUUAUUGUAUCUGUUGAUGAUAUCAUGUUUCAGAGGCCAGUUGAGGUUGGAUCCUUACUACUGCUUUCUGGGCAGGUCUGUUACACAGAAAACAACUACAUCCAGGUGCGAGUACACAGCGAGGUUUAUGAUGCAGAUACCAGGGAGCACCACACAACCAACAUCUUCCAUUUCACAUUUGUAUCUGAAAGUGAAGUCCCACGGGUUGUCCCCAAAACUUAUGGAGAGUCCAUGUUGUAUCUGGAUGGGAAGCGACACUUUGCUGAACUCAUGAAAGAGAUCUGACACCCUGAGUGCUGUACCAGCAGUGUAGCAGGACAGAGCUGACACCAGAUGUGGCUAACAGGUGUUUCUUACCCCACACACCAAACUCAAACUGCACAAGAGAAAAAAGCCAACCUUUUUAGUGCUAUUUAUAUCUUGGCAUAUAUUUUGCUUUAUUGUGUUUUGUAUUCUGUGCUCCCAGGAUUCGUUGAAAUCUAUUUACACAUGACAACAAUUAAAAAAACAAAGGUUGAAAAAAGACAA